UGGGGCUCAAAACCCCCAAAUUCCCAUGCAGGUUUUGGGCCAGGUAUGCUCCCAGAGCAACAACAUGAAGAUGAACUCUCCAUUUUGCCUUUUACAGGAGGAGACAGAGCCGACAGCUCUGCAAGGUGAGGAGGAGGCAGGAGAAGCAGCAUCAGUUCCCAGGUCAUCAUCACUUUGUCAAAAUCAGCAGGAUGUCUGCGCGCUGCUUGUCCAAGCCUGUCAGCUGGUUCACCUUGAUCAGGAACAUCUUGUCAGCAAAGUCUGUCAGCUUAUCCAUCACUUACUUAACAGGUUUCAGGUGCUGGUUGACGAACAGAACUUGAAUUUCCUUCUCUCCUACUGCAUCUCUGCUCUUAAACAGUGCAGCUCUUGGACACAUGUGGAAAUUGUGCAAGCCUUGGCAGCUCUUGUCUACAAUAAUGGACCUAAAUGUCAGAAACAUCUCCCGGAUUUGCUGGGCAAGACUGGGCUCUUGGUGCAGCUCAGCGAUGCUGCUCAGCCCGACGUGGAACUCCGGAGGGCAGCAGUACGCAGCAUGGCAAACCUCUGUCUCAGCGUGCCUGAACAGCCGUACUUGGAUGAGUCCUACAGAAGUGUCUGUUUUCAGACUUUCCUAAGUGUUCUGCAGUCUUCAAAAACCUCUGAUGUAGAUGACAUCACUUUUUGCAUGUUACUGCAGAAUGCACUGAAAGGUAUCCAGUCACUUCUCAAUGGUGGGAAGAUGAAGCUAAUGCAGACUGACCAAAUAGGAUCUCUUCUUGCAGUAUUGAAGAAAUGUAUGUUUCAUGGACUGCCAGGACUGAGCAUAGAGGUGCCAGCAGCCUUGUACCCAGUUCCACUACCUCAGUACGACAAAAGGUUGCCUGCCAAACAGGAACAGUCAGAACCAGCCACCAUUAAGCAGACAGGGAACAGAAAAAAAAAGUCCAAAGGGAAACAAAAGAAGGGAGAGUUUGUGGAGGAAGGGAGAGAUUCGGGUGAUGCAGGAAAUGAAUCAGCCCUUGGAGCAGACAUGAUGAAGUUGCACUUGGGAAAUGUGCAGAAGAAUCCUGGUUCAGAUCCUCGGAGUCGUGCAUCAGAUGUUGCUGGGAAGGACCCCUUGUCUUCACGUUAUCCUAGCUGGAAAAGAAUCAGCAGCAGUGAGUCGGAAUAUACCGAUGCUGAAGGUGGAAUACAGAGCAAAGUGAGAUCUUACCAAGCCAGUGUUCGUCAGGGGGCUCUGGCCUGUUUCCUCUCUGCUAUAAAAUCAAUGGAAAAAAGAGUUCUUUAUGGCUACUGGUCAGCGUUUGUUCCCGAUGCUCCUGGUAUUGGCAGCCCCCAGUCAGUGUCCUUGAUGACUAUUGCUUUAAAGGACCCUUCUCCAAAGACCCGUGCCUGUGCUCUUCAGGUCCUCUCAGCCAUCCUGGAAGGCUCCAAGCAGUUCCUUUCUGUUGCUGAAGACAUUAAUGAUCACAAGAGAGCUUUUACUCCCUUCUCUGUAACUAUUGCUUCUAGCAUCCGGGAACUGCACCGCUGUCUGCUGCUGGCCCUGGUGGCAGAAUCCUCUUCUCAAACACUGACACAAAUAGUCAAGUGCCUUGCAAAUUUGGUUUCAAAUGCCCCAUACAGCCGUUUAAAACCUGGGUUGCUGACGAGAGUGUGGAACCAGAUAAAGCCCUACAUUUGUCAUAAAGAUGUUAAUGUCCGAGUUUCUAGUCUCACAUUAUUAGGGGCUAUAGUAUCUAUCCAAGUACCUUUACCAGAGGUGCAGUUACUUUUGCAGAAGCCCGGUUCUUCAGGGCUAAGUCAUAGUGGUAGCACAACCCCUCACCGUUCUAAUUCCUCUGAGCAGUGGAGAAAAGCCCUCCCCUCAGAAGGGGAGCCUGGGGACAACCCAGCAGGAUGCACAUCUCCAGAGCCAUGCUGGCUGCUCCGUCUCUGCGUUUCCAUCAUCGUUCUGCCCAGAGAGGAUUCCUGUUCUGACAGUGAUGUGAACUUCCCAUCCUUUUCCAGCGUUUAUGAACCAUGUCCCCUUCGACUGGAAGCCUUACAGGUGUUGGCGCUGCUUGUGAAAGGCCAUUUCCCUAUGGCUCAGGGCUAUUUCCUAGAGCUUGGAGAAGUGGCUUGCAGAUGCAUGGAAGAAAUGGAUCCAUCCAUUCAGCUUCACGGAGCCAAACUCCUGGAGGAGCUGGGCACAGGUGUACUGCAGCAGUACAAACCCAAUUCAGCCAUCAGCCCUGAUCAGAGAGUAUCGGUCAGCACGGUUGUAACUUUCUGGACCAUGAUGUUGAAUGGCCCUUUGCCUGGCACUCUUCAGAGCUCUCCCCAUCCGACUCUGCAGACAAGUGCCUGUGAUGCCCUGUCCUCUAUCUUGCCUGAAGCUUUCAGCAGACUGAAGAAUGACCAGCAGAUCCUGUGUGUCACUCUGCUCCUUGGCCUGAACCACAGUGAGAACCCGCUGGUGAAAGCUGCUGCCGCACGUGCACUUGGAGUCUACAUCCUCUUCUCUUGCCUCAGGCAGGACGUGAUGUUUGUGGCAGACACAGCAAAUGCUAUUCUGGAUUCCCUCCAUGACAAGUCUCCAAACGUCCGUGCCAAAGCAGCGUGGUCCUUGGGCAAUCUUACAGAUACCCUCAUCAUCAACAUGGAAACGAUGGGACAAAGUUUUCAUGAGGAAUUUUCGGAUCUCCUCCUGUUGAAAAUGUUACGCUCCGCAACUGAAGCAUCCAAAGACAGAGACAAGGUAAAGAGCAAUGCAGUCCGGGCCCUUGGGAACGUGCUUCAUUUCCUUCAGCCGUAUCACAUAGCAAACCCUAGGUUCAGGGAAGCCAUUGAGGAGUCUCUCCAGGCCCUCAUCUCCACUGUUCAGAGUGAGGCCACUAUGAAAGUGCGCUGGAAUGCUUGCUACGCCCUGGGGAAUGUGUUUAAGAACCCUGCCUUGCCACUCGGAGAGGCUCCUUGGACUGCCCAAGCCUAUAGUGUCCUUUCCUCAGUGGUGAAGUCCUGCAAGAACUUUAAAGUCCGGAUCAAGUCAGCCAUGGCCCUCUCCAUCCCAAGCAGGAGGGAAUGCUACGGCUCCACCGAGCAGUUCUGCCACAUCUGGAGUGCCUUGGUGGUCGCCCUGCAGAAGAGUGAAGACACCGAGGACUUCCUGGAGUUCAAGUACAGUGCCACCCUCAGGACACAGAUCUGCCAGGCUCUGCUCCAUUUGUUGAGUUUGGCAAAGAGCACAGACCUGCCUGUCGUUUGGGAAACCAUAACAGAGAACAGGGAUGCAAUCAAAUCCUAUGUCCUGCAGUAUCUGAAAUGUGGUGCUGAAGAAAACGAAGCAGGAACCCACACGGACUUGGGUGAGAGGGAGGGAGUGGUAAGAGGAGCUAUUGAACAUCUCGGUGGGUUAGAGAAGCAGCUGCAGGGCAGGGCUAGGGUAAGAGUGUCUGUUUACCUGCAGGAUAUCCUAACAAACCACACCAGUGCUGCUGAAUUAAGAGGCUUAGAAACACCUCUUUUGGUGACCAGCAACCUACACUUCUGAGUGGGCACAGGGGAGAACCCACUGCUCUCACACGGGCCAUCCGGCACGAGCGCUUCCUCUAGCUGGU